UUGCUGACAGCCGCCCAGGGAACUGGCCUCUUGGCAGUAGCUGGAUCUGGAGUGGAGCCAGAAGCGUUGGUAUGGAAAGACUGACAACUAGGGGACCCCCUGACCAUCCUCACCAGGAGGAGGCCUCUGCCUGCUGGAGGCUCACUGUGAGGGUCCUGGAGGCACGGAACCUGGGCUGGACUGACUUGUUGAGUGAGGCAGACCCCUAUGUGACCCUAGAGCUGCCAACCGUCCCUGGGACAAAGUUCAAGACCAAAACAAUCACCAACUCCUGUCAUCCUGUAUGGAAUGAGACCUUCAGUUUCCUAAUCCAGAGUCAGGUCAAGAAUGUUCUGGAGCUAAAUGUCUAUGAUGAGGACUCAGUCACGGAGGACGAUGCCUGCUUCAAGGUUCUCUAUGACAUCUCAGAAGUCCUCCCAGGCCAGCUGCUCCGGAAGACCUUCUCCCUGCGUCCCCAGGGACAGGAGGAGCUGGACGUGGAGUUCAAGCUGGAAAAAACGUCGGACUCUCCAGAAAACCUCAUCACCAACAACGUCCUUGUGGCCCGAGAGCUGUCCUGCCUGGAUGUCUGUCUGGACCGUGCUGGGAGCACCGCCACGGUCACGGACCAGGACAAGCUGGAGCUGGAGCUGGUGCUGAAGGGGUCCUAUGAAGACACGCAGACAUCGGUGCUGGGUCCAGCCUCUGCCUUCCGCUUCCAUUACAUGGCAGCCCAGGAGGGAAAACUGAGUGCUCGUGUGAGGAGCUCUUCAAGUAACAGCUGGAGUUCAGACGAGUCAGCUGGGCAUCUCACUGUGCCCCUGAGGUCCUUGGCCGUAGGAAAGGAGGUGACCUUUCACGUUCCUACUACAAAUACCCCAGGAGUGAGGCUGCAGCUCAAGACUGAGGGCUGCCCUAAGGAGCUGGAUGUGCACCUGGGUUUUGAUCUGUGUGCAGAGGAGAAAGCCUUCCUGAGCAGGAGGAAGCAGGUGGUGGCCAAGGCUCUCAAGCAUGUCCUGCAGCUGGACAGAGACCUACAGGAAGAUGAGGUCCCCAUUGUGGGCAUUAUGGCCACAGGAGGAGGUGCCCGGGCCAUGACCGCUCUCUACGGCCACCUGUUGGCCCUGCAGAAGCUGGGCCUCCUGGACUGUGUCACCUACAUCAGCGGCAUCUCGGGCUCUACAUGGACAAUGGCCCACCUCUACGGGGACCCCGAGUGGUCACAGAAGGACCUUGAAGGACCCAUCAAAUAUGCCAGGGAGCACCUGGUCAAGAGCAAGAUGGAGGUCUUCUCCCCGGAGCGCCUAGCGAGCUACCACCAGGAGCUGGAGCUGCGGGCGCAGCAAGGCUACCCCACGACUUUUGUGGACCUGUGGGCUCUCGUGCUGGAGUCCAUGCUGCACAACCAGGUGAUGGACCAGAAGCUGUCGGAACAGAAAACAGCACUGGAGCAGGGCCAGAACCCUCUGCCCCUCUACUUGAGCCUCAAUGUCAAAGAGAACAAUCUGGAGACCUUCGACUUCAAGGAGUGGGUGGAGUUUUCCCCCUAUGAGGUUGGGUUCCUGAAGUAUGGAGCCUUUGUCCCCAGCGAACUCUUCGGCUCCGAGUUCUUCAUGGGGCAGCUGAUGAGGAAGCUCCCUGAGUCCCGGAUCUGCUUUCUGGAAGGUAUCUGGAGCAAUAUUUUGUCCCUGAACUUGCUGGAUGUCUGGUAUGACCUCCUCAGCUCUGAGGACACCCGGAAGCAGCACCUCAAGGACAAGAUCAGGAACCUGGAGGAGUCUCCUGCCUCCUUGAAGACCUCCUCGUGGCUGGAGGCCUCAUGGCUGCAACCCGGGACGGCACUGGCCAAGGCGUUUAAGGGCUUACUGACGGGCAGGCCUUUCCACCAGCACAGCUGCAACUUCCUCCGGGGCCUCCAGCUGCACCGGAACUACUAUAGCCAGAAAGACUUCUCCACCUGGGCAGACUGCCCGCUAGACUCCACUGCUAGCCAGCUAACCCCUCAGGAGCCCCAGCUCUGCCUGGUAGAUGCCGGCUACUUCCUCAACACCAGCUGUCCCUCCAUGUUCCGGCCAGGCCGCAGGCUGGACCUCAUUCUCUCCUUCGACUACUCCCUACCCUCGUCCUUUGAGGCACUGCAGCAGACUGAGGCGUACUGCAGGGCCCGGGGACUGCCAUUCCCUCGGGUGGAGCCCAGCCCUCAGGACAAACACCAGCCACCAGAGUGCCACCUCUUCUCAGACCCCUCCUGCCCUGAUGCCCCACUCCUGCUGCACUUCCCUCUGGUCAAUGCCUCCUUCAGGGACCACUCAGCCCCUGGUGUCCAGCGCAGCCCUGCAGAGCUCCCGGUGGGCCAGGUGGAUCUCACUGGGACCAACUCGCCCUACUCCCUGUUCAACAUGACCUACAAGGAGGAAGACUUUGAUCACCUGCUGCAACUUAGUGACUAUAACGUGCGGAACAGCCAGGGUGCCAUUUUGCAGGCCUUGAGGACUGCCAUGAAGCACCGGGCCCUGGGGGCCAGGCCUCGAGCAGCGCAGAAUUGAGGCGGCUCAGGGACCCCAACUCUCUGACAACCCUCCAGGGGCUGGGGGUUUAACCCAAGGACUGCUGGGUAGGACCACCGCUCUCGCUGGGCUGUCCACCCCUGGGCUGCCUCUGCAGCAGUUCUCUCGGCCCAGAAGGGCUGCACGGCACCCCAAGUUCUUCCUCACUUUCAUUGCUGGCUUGAGAGGAGCUGGAAGCAAACUCACCAGACCAGUGUGCAGCAUUGCUGGUCUGACUAGAAACAUGUUCCCAUGCAAUGACUCUCAUGCCAAACAGAACAGAUUUGGGGUACAAGCUGCCAGUGUCAGACCAGGGGUAGGCAGGUCAGGGCCUGACUGAGAGGUGGCUCCAGGCAUCAGGAAUCACACUGUGUCCUGAGAACCUUUUCUUCGUCCCCUCCUCCCCUUUCUCACUCUUCUUUGAUACUAUCUUUAAGCAACUAUAGCGACCCAUAGUCCACACACAACAUGAUUCAUCCUUCUAGAAAGUACGACUCGAUGGCUUUUACUACAUAUUCAAAGAAUUGGGCAAACCUCCCACAGUCAUUUUGAGAAGAUUUUUGUCACCCCAAAAAGAAACCCCUCACCUCUUAGAUGUCAACCUCAACCCUCCCUCCCCAGCCUUAUGCAACCACUAAUCUACCUUCUGUUUCUAUAGAUUUGCUUCUUGUGGGCAUUUCCUAUACAUGGAAUCAUACAGUAUGUGGCCUUUUGUGUCUGGCGUCCUUUACUCGGUGGGAUGUGCUCAAGGGUCAUCCACGUGGUAGCAGGCGUCAGUGCCUCAUCCCUUUCUGUGGCAGAAUAAAAGUCCCACGCUUACCUGAUGGUCACUGGAUAAUGGACCCUUGGGUUGUUUCCACUUUUUGGUCAUUCCAAAUAAUGGUUCUAUGAACAGUCAUGUACAAGUCCAUAUGUGGAAAGUGUUUUUCAUUCUUCUGCAUGUCUACCUAGGAAUACAUUUGCUGGAUUAUAAUGUAAUUCUCUGCUUCACCUCUUGAGGGCCUGCCAGCCCAUUUUCCAAAGCUGCUGCCCCAUUUUUCUAUUCCUAUCAGCCUUAUACCGGGGCACUGAUUUCUCCACCUCUUAGCCCCCACCUGUUGUUGUCUGUCUUUUGAUUUCAAUCAUCGGAAUGGUUGUAAAGUGGUAUCUUAUCAGCAUUUCCCUAAUGACUAAUGAUGUUAGGAAACUUUUUGUAUACUCUAGGACUUUUGUAGAGCUUCUUUAGAGAAAUGUCUAUUCAGAUCUUUUGCCCAUUUUCAUUGGAUUAAGUGUCUUUUUCUUAUUAAGAAUUCUGUAUAUUUUCUACAUACAAAUCCCUGACCCAAUGUAUGAUUUGCAGUUUUUCUCUGCAAAUCAAGUAAUCUGUGGGUUACCUUUUCGCUUUCCUGAGGCUAUCCUUUGAAGCACAGAAACUUUCUUACUUUGAUGGUGCCAUUUACAUAUAUAUGUUUUUUGCUGUUUGUGCUUUUGGUGUUGUAUUUAAAAAACCAUAGUCUAACCCAUGGUUAUGAAGGUUUACACCUGUUUUCUUCUAAACAGGUGGCUUCAGCCCUUACAUUUAGGUCUUUGAUCCAUUUUGAGU